GGGUUUUAACAUUACCAGAUUGUUUGUUAUAUAAUUGUACGAUGAAGCUGUUUUUAAUUAGAUUCAUAACAAAUAAAUUGCUCACUUUGUGUAAAAGUUCUAAUGCUGGGAUUGAUCAUUCCACAACUCAUUAGCGACAAAGCCCUACAUUUGUGAAACACAAAGUGACAAGUUUAACAGCUUUUAGGGGAUGGCAGUGAAUCACUAAACUGUCCAGGCUGACUGUACGGCUGCAUCUUGUUGGUUUUCAAUGAGCUUGCUUCCUUUCUCCCCUUAUUAUCUCCUGUCUCCCACCGUGAAGUAAAUGGGAGGAGGUUAAAAAACGAAAGCACGUAAGUGAAGGACAGAGAGAGGAGACGUGAACAGAAUCAUGACACCAGUUUCCUUUGGUUGUCUCUUUCACAAACAUACAUUAUACUUAAUAAAGCAUUUUGAUCGUUUACAUUUCUUAAUAUUAUGUAUUAAACAGAAUUGCGUUGCUAGGCAACAGCAUGGGUCCAUUCUUACUUCCUGUCAGCUGAUGCAUUCGCUGACAUCAGCAAAUGGAACCUUCAGAUUGAUGACAUCAUCUUUGCCUUGAUGCUUUAGAAGUUUGCAGGUCUCAGCUGUGACGGUGAAUUCAUCAGAGCAUCAGAGCAUCAGUCAGAAGGCAGAAGGAACUGUUCCAGCUAGUGUCAGAUCAUUGCAGAAAUAGGUUUUGUAGCAAGCUAACAUUAGGUAGACUUGCACGUCUAUUUUAACGAGAUAAUCUAAGUGAACUCCAUUUUUGUGGCUUUAAUUCAGUUGAACAAUUAUAUUCAGUUUGCUUAACAACAGGUCAUUUCAUCACCGCAGUAGAGAUGGAGAUGAACAAUAGAGAUGAGAUGGAAGUCAAGCUCGAGAUUCUGCAAAAAGAAAAUCAGGAAAUCAAGUUGUUGCUGGAGCAGGAAAGGACUUUAAGGAAUAAGCUUGAGAUUGAAGGCGCUAAGAAGAAAGCAUAUACAGAGAAUGCAGCUGAGCUAUCUGAGCAAAAUUUGAACGUGAAAGCCCAGGAAAUUGAGCACAACGUCUUGCCCGUCAACAAUGAGGACCUGAACAUGAAAUACGGAAUGCUCCAGAGGUCACACAAGAAGGUCGAAGCAGAGAUGGCUGCCUUGAGAAAGGCAAACGCAGGACUCAAACAACUGAAAGAAUCCUGUGUUGAAGAGAACGCUGUAGAGAUGGCUUCUUUGCGUGAGAGAAACCAGGAACUCCAACAACAGAAGGAGCGCUGUGUGGUGGAGAAGGAUGCAGCAAUAGCUGCCUUGCUGAAGGAAAACAAAACACUGAAACAAGAGAAAGAGUGUUGUGUUGAGGAGAAAGAUGCAAAGACGGACGCCUUGCAAAAGACUAACCAAGAACUCAAACAAAAGGAGUGUUGUCUUGAGGAGAAAUCUGUAGAGAUAGCUGCUUUGCGUGAGAGAAACCAGGAACUCCAUUUACAAAAGGAACGUUAUGUUGAGAAGAAAACUGUCAAGAUAGCUGCUUUGCGUGAGAGAAUCCAGGAACUCCUACAACAGAAGGAGCGCUGUGUGGUGGAGAAGGAUGCAGCAAUAGCUGCCUUGCUGAAGGAAAACAAAACACUCAAACAACAAAAGGAGCGUUGUCUUGAGGAGAAAUUUGUAGAGAUGGCUGCUUUGUGUGAGAGAAACCAGGAACUCCAUUUACAAAAGGAACGUUAUGUUGAGAAGAAAACUGUCAAGAUAGCUGCUUUGCGUGAGAGAAUCCAGGAACUCCUACAACAGAAGGAGCGCUGUGUGGUGGAGAAGGAUGCAGCAAUAGCUGCCUUGCUGAAGGAAAACAAAACACUCAAACAACAAAAGGAGCGUUGUCUUGAGGAGAAAUCUGUAGAUAUAGCUGCUUUGUGUGAGAGAAACCAGGAACUCCAUUUACAAAAGGAACGUUAUGUUGAGAAGAAAACUGUCAAGAUAGCUGCUUUGUGUGAGAGAAACCAGGAACUCCAUUUACAAAAGGAACGUUAUGUUGAGGAGAAAACUGUCAAGAUAGCUGCUUUGUGUGAGAGAAACCAGGAACUCCAUUUACAAAAGGAACGUUAUGUUGAGGAGAAAACUGUCAAGAUAGCUGCUUUGUGUGAGAGAAACCAGGAACUCAAACAACUGAAGGAGCAUUGUGUUGAGGAGGAGGCAAAGAUGGCCGCCUUGCUGAAGGAAAACCAAACACUGAAACAAGAGAAGGAACGUUCUGUUGAGGAGAAGGUGGACAAGAAGGAAAAUGAGGUGAAGGUGGAACCAGGAGUGAGGCACGAUGUGAAAAUGAAUGCCCUGGAAAUUGAGCAGAAAGUUUUGCGCGGAAACUAUGAGGAACUGAACAUGAAAUAUGAAAAGCUCCUCAAGAUGCACGAGAAGGACAAAGCAGAGAUGGCCACCUUGCAAAAGGCAAACCAGGAAUUCGAACAACAAAAGGAACGCUGUGUUGAGGAGAAGGAUGCAGAGAUAGCUGCCUUGCAAAAGACAAACCAGGAACUCAAACAAGAGAAGUUGCGUUGUGUGGAGGUGAAAAAUGCAGAGAUAGUAGUUUUGCAUGAGAGAAACCACGAACUGGAAGAACAGAAGGAACGCUUUGUUGAGGAGAAGGAUGCAGAGAUGGCAACUUUGCAUGAGAGAAAUCACGAACUGGAACAACAGAAGGAACGUUUUGUUGAGGAGAAGGAUGCAGAGAUAGUCACUUUGCAUGAGAGAAAUCACGAACUGGAACAACAGAAGGAACGUUUUGUUGAGGAGAAGGAUGCAGAGAUAGUCACUUUGCAUGAGAGAAAUCACGAACUGGAACAACAGAAGGAACGCUUUUUUGAUGAGAAGGAUUCAGAGAUAAUGACUUUGCUUGAGAGAAUCCGUGAACUCCAACAAGUGAAAGAACGUUGUGUUCAGGAGAUAGCCGCCUUGAAAACACCACGGUGGAGAAGAUUCAUUAAUUUCCUUUCUAGUAUCGUCCCAGAUGUCCCCGACGACUACGAAGAAGGCAGCCUUGACAGUCAAACUUUAGAAAAUAUGAUAAACAACAACAGAAAUUAGUAAGACAUAAAAACAUUUCCAGAACAGACUAAAGCUCAAAAUGAGUGAGCAAUAACAUAUAAUAACAUUCAGUCAGGAUAUAUAUUUAAACAGUUAACAUUUAUUAGAUCAAUUUAUUAAACAUCAACAAAGGUUCCAGAAGAUACUUAAGCGGCUAGAGUAUCGUUAGUAUAGUAUAGUAGUAGUAAUAGUAGUAGUAGUAGUAAUAUUAUAGUUUUUUUUAGGCUAGAGUCUAGCCUCUAGGGGCAAAACAAUUACCUUCAUUUUAAAAUUCCUUCGCUUCUAGCACUCCUAAAAAACAGGAAAAGGGUAGCAAAAUAAAGAUCUGGUUAAAUUUAAAAGGUCACCCAGAACAUACUGUAGGCGAUUUCAAGCCAUUACAGUUAAAAAAAAACCCUGAUCCAUUACGCAUACAAAUAAAUCCAGUAGAGACUUAAGCGGCUAGAGUAUCGUUAGUAUAGUAUAGUAGUAUACCCUAGAUAACAACCUGUCCUUCACUGCAAACAUAGCUGCCACAACCCGUUGCUGCAGAUACACGCU